CGCGGGCAGAUGAUACGUUAUCUGGGUAUAUUUUUAUUUGGUCGGGUGAUAAGGCAAUGGCGUCUAGAGUCCAAGGCUAUCCGGUUUGAUUGGUUGCGAGCGAGCAGUCGCCCUGCAGACUGCAGACUGUUGAGUUAUACUUAGAAUUACAACAUGGCAAUCGAUUUUUACUAUACCCCCGGCUCUGCGCCCUGCCGCAUUGUCAUGUUGGUCGCUGCGGCUCUCAACAUAGAGCUCAAUUUGAACUUAGUAGAUUUAGCAGGUCAGGAACAUCUUAAACCAGAUUUUUUAAAGCUUAACCCUCAACACACAGUACCAACGAUAGUAGACGAUGGUUUCUCUCUGUGGGAGUCGCGCGCAAUCAGCAGAUACCUGGUCAACAAGUACGGAGGCGACAGCGCUCUGUACCCUCAAGACGCGCAGGCCAGGGCACUGGUAGACCAGCGAUUGGACUUCGAUAUUGGCACAUUGUACCCCAGAUUUGCGAAGUAUUACUAUCCCCAACUGUUCGGUGGAGCUCCAGCUGUUGAGGCAGAUUUAGAGAAACUGAAAGAAGGCUUACAAUUCUUCAACACGUUCCUCGAGGGUAGAAAAUAUUCAGCUGGAGAGGAACUCACACUCGCAGACCUAAGUUUGGUGGCAACUAUUUCCACGAUCGACGCUGCUGGCAUCGGCUUGAAGGAAUACCCUAAUGUUGAGAAAUGGUUUGAGCUGGUGAAAGCCACUGCGCCAGGAUACGAAGAGGCGAACCAGAAGGGCAUCGACGCGUUCAAAGGGUUCAUCGCUAUGAUGAAAGCUAAAACUGAACUGUAAUCUAUUUUAGUUCCUAAUAAAAUAUUUUUUACAAUGUA